AUGGAGCCGAAGGCGGGUGUCACCAAGCAGGACAUCCGUGAACAGAUCUGGGACUACAUGGAAUCAAAUAAUUUAGCCGACUUUCCCCGACCUGUUCAUCACAGAAUCCCAAACUUCAAGGGGUCACUCGUGGCUUGCCAGAACGUCAGAGAGCUCGAAGUGUUUGCCAGGACGCGGGAACUGAAAGUGGACCCUGAUAAACCUCUGGAAGGUGUCCGGCUGCUGGCACUGCAGAGCCACAAAACCUUACUGGUUCCAACACCACGACUGAGGACAGGGCUGUUUAACAAGAUAGUGCCGCCUCCCGGGGCAAGGAAGGACAUCCUGAGAAAAUGCGCCACCUCACAGGGUGUGCGGGACUACAGUGUGCCCAUCGGCCUGGAUGCCAAGGUCCUCGUGGAUCUGAUCGUUGUGGGGUCCGUUGCUGUGUCUGAACAAGGUUGGCGGAUUGGGAAGGGAGAAGGCUUCGCUGACUUGGAGUAUGCCAUGAUGGUGUCGAUGGAGGCUGUCCGCGACGAGACACCUGUGGUCACGGUCGUCCACGACUGCCAGGUCGUUGACAUUCCUGAAGGACUCGUGGAGGACCACGACCUCACCGUGGACUAUGUGCUCACACCCACGCGGGUCAUCAAGACAGGGUGUCAACGCCCCAGGCCAAAGGGCAUCAUGUGGUGUAAGAUCCGCCCUGAGGUACUACAGCGAAUACCUGUGCUGAGGAGCCUCCGCUGGCGGGAGCAGCAGGCUGGGAAGGACGUCACGCUCUGGGGCCAGCAGCAGCGGCAUGAGGCUUCCCCAGACGCCACCCAGAGGCCCUGGGACGUCCCUCAGGAUGUCCUCCAGCCAGCCAAGGGACCUGUGCCCACAGCCCACAGCCGUCAGCACAGGGGUCGUUCACCUCCCACCAUCACGGCCACUGUGUGUGUGGAGGGCCUCCCUGCAGGCACCCGUGUGGGUCAGCUGAAGAGAAUCCUCCAGGAGCACCAGGCCACCCCACUGCGACUCACCUGGCAGGGCCCGCGGCGUCCGGCACUCCUGGGCUACAGGGACGCAGCUGAGGCCGAGCGGGUGGUCACCUGCCUACAGGACCUGCACCUGGGUACCAGCACCCUGCAGGUGGAGCUGGGGAGCAGUGGGGGGACAGAGAGGACGGGCAGAGCCAGGCAGGGGGACAGGAAGAAUGGGCAGAGCCAGGCAGGGGGACAGUGA